AUGCGGGGCGGGGGCGGCACGCGGGACCGGGACGGGUCCGGGUCCGGCCCGGGCAGCUCCGCCUGCGGGGCCGCCUCCGCCGCCUGCCCCUGGGGCUGCACGCCCGGCCCCGGCGGCUGGAGCGGCGCGCCCUUCUGCCCUCGGCACCGCCUGUCCGGCCUCGGCGACCUCCCGGUGCUGCCGCAGGGCCCCUCCCAGACGGUGAUCCAGUGCGAGGGGGGGGAGGUGUGUCUGCUCUGGGACGAUGGCCCCAGGCUGGAGGAUUUCUACCAGCUGGGGGAUGACGACGAGGACGAGUCCGACGCAGAUUACGAGGAGCGGGAUGAGUUUUGGGACGUUCCCCCGGUGGAGCGGCCCCGGCCCUACAGCUACUGCGGCUUUCGCAAAUCCUUCUUGUGCGCGGAGCCGCCCCUGCCGCAGCCCCCCCGGGCCCCCCCGAGCGCCCUGGAGGUGCGGCUGGACCGGCUGCCCUCGCCCCGCUGGGCCCGGCUCACGGCAGAGGAGGCGGAGAGGAACGCGCAGGAGCUGGUAGCGGAGGAGGAGCGGGUGAAGAGGAAAGCGGAGAAAAAAAAGCUGAAGAAGAAGAAGCAAAAAGACAGGAAAAAACGGGAGAAACUGAGUCAAGAGCAGAAGAACAAGGAGAACACUGACCCAAGUCCCCCGGCCCCGAGCGGCCUGGCGGGCACUGGGCCCCCCCAGGAUG